UUUUGAAGAUUGUAUGUUGGCUGCCCUGACGUCAGUGAGUUUGUAAAUUUUUGUUGACGGUGGAGUCAGCCUUCGAAUUUACUUCAAUUUAAUCUGGAAGUGGAAUUACUCUGAAACUAUGGCUCGCCGUUACGAUACAAGGACCACAAUCUUCUCUCCUGAAGGGAGACUGUUCCAAGUCGAGUACGCUAUUGAAGCGAUUGGUCACGCCGGCACCUGUCUGGGCAUUUUGGCCAAUGAUGGCAUCCUUUUGGCUGCAGAGCGAAGAAACACCAACAAACUGCUGGACGAAGUUUUCUUUUCAGAGAAAAUCUACAAGAUCAAUGAGGACAUGGCGUGCAGUGUGGCUGGAAUUACAUCUGAUGCCAACGUGCUGACAAGUGAGUUGAGGGUGAUUGCUCAAAGGUAUCUCCUGACCUACGGAGAAUCGAUUCCCUGCGAGCAACUCGUCUCGUGGCUUUGUGAUAUCAAGCAAGCCUACACUCAGUAUGGAGGAAAGAGGCCUUUCGGUGUGUCAAUUUUGUACAUGGGCUGGGAUAAGCACUACGGCUACCAACUGUAUCAGUCCGACCCCAGUGGCAACUACAGUGGCUGGAAGGCCACCUGCAUUGGAAACAACAGCGCUGCUGCGGUCUCCAUCCUGAAGCAAGAAUACAAAGAGGGAGCCACCACUCUUAAAGAGGCCAAGGGUUUGGCCAUUAAGGUGCUCAGCAAAACUCUGGACAUGACCAAAUUGAAUGCAGAGAAAUUGGAAAUGGCCAUCUUGGUACGUGAAGACGGAAAGACAAAAAUUCGCAUCCUCCCUGCAAAGGAAGUCGAAGGCCUUAUUUCUGAAUUUGAGAAGGUUGAGGCCGCUUCGACUUCUGCUGAAACUCCAAAAUAAUUUCCCCUGACUUCAGCACACAUCUAUAAUAAGAUUACUGAAAAUAAUGUUAUGGUUUCAAAUAAAAGUGUCAAACGUAAAAGUUUU